CACAAGUCGGGAAUGCUGAUAUUCAUUUCAUCGACAGGAUAACAUUUUGAUAAAUUAAAAAAAUCGAAACUAUGCGUUUUUAUGCUUGUUUUGUAACUCUGUGCUGUGUUGUUAGUAUUUGCAGUGGUCAGGAAUGCUGUAAUAAUCAUGACAUCUACACUCAUACUACCGAAAGGAUCGGUGGUUAUAUUAAAAAUGGACAUCUUAGCAUAUUUGAGGAGAUUGCUAUCUCAGUGAUGGACUAUAAUCAGUCUCGUUUUCUCCUCAACAAAACAAUCGAUGGAGAUUCAAAUUUUAUGCUCUUUGAAGACCACAUCCAGAACAUCAUGUGGGCUAUUUUUCCUGAUGAAGAGUGUCUCAAGAUAGAUAUUACGGAAGAAUCGAAGCCAAGCAGGUGUAUUAAAGAUAAUGCUAAAUAUCUCGGCCAAUUUAAUAACCCUGGUGAUGUGCUAGUAAAUAGGUGGCAGUAUGAAUAUGAAAAACCAUCUGAUUUAGAGAAUGGAAAGGGGCCAAUCGACUAUAACGUGGACGGGUGUAUACCAUCCAGAGAAUUAGUCGUUGGCACAUGGACUGAUACAAAAAACGUUGACUUACUGUUUGUUUAUGAUGUCUACAACUUCGAGGUGUUAACUGAUGUUUCAGAAUAUUUCAUUCUGCCAAGUAACUGUAAUUCAACAAAUGAAGGCUAGCUGAUGAAGUAGAAGGCAAUUAAAUCUGCAGAAUGAGGACGUUUAUGUCAACUCCCGAUAAAGAUGAUGAAUCAAAAUUUUAAUAAAUUACUUUUGUGUUCAAAGAAGAUUUACUUCGAUUAGCGAAGUUAUAAAACUCUGAAGUUGUUUCAUUUAGCAACAAAUACAUUGCUACAGAAUUGAAUUUGGCAAUCUGCAAUCUAGGGUACAUUUCAUGAUAUAAAAUGUACAGCAAUAUACAUAACUGCAUAUAUUUGGUUUUACUAUUUCUUAUUUUUUUGUUUCCAAAACUGUGUUAUUCUAAAAUAUCAACAAGCUUUAUUACAUUAAGAAGAGUUUCAUUCGCAAACCGUGGUGGCCAGGUCCCUCCCUGAGCCGAUUUGAUAACUCGCUGUUAAGUAAAAUAUAUCCUUGGCAGAGUUGUUAAAAUUUUAAAUAAAAUGACUAAAUAAUUAAUUCAUUGAUUAUUGAAUUCAAAUUGGUUGGUUAGUGAAUUUUAUCAUUUCAUGUAGUUGGGUAGACUGACGCAAUAGAUACAAUGAAAUGCACAGUGGGAAAUUGAAACUUAUAUUAUAUCCUAAAAUAAUGACAGACGCUUGGCGGAUUUAUCACUUUCCGACAUUUAAAUCUGAUUUUCUUUUAGCAUGUAGGUAUUUAAUUUUAAGACUUUCAAUAUCUAGUUUAAAAAAAAUGACAAAAAUUGAAAUAGAAAAACAAACCGAAUAUCAUUGCAAACGAUUAUUUAUACAUUAAA